UUUUGUGUGUAUCUGAAAUCCGAGGAUUAGCUUUGCUCAGACGGUGGAGAUUCUCGGCUGAGUUAGAAACGGUGCGGCGGCGAUUAUAGAAAUGGCGUCGAAAGGAACCGUAGCAGGCGGAGGAAGAGGACAACAAGUUGAAGUAGAUCAAAUGAGUAUAGAACAAAUUAAGGCUAUAAAAGAACAAGUUGAUCUUGAAGUUAAUCUUCUUCAAGACAGUCUCAACAACAUCCGAACAGCUACCGGUCGCCUUGAGAUUGCAUCCAUCGCCCUCAGUGAUCUGUCUCUUCGUCCUCAGGGAAAGAAAAUGCUUGUACCUCUUACGGCAUCUCUUUAUGUUCAAGGUACACUUGAUGAUGCUGAUAAAGUACUUGUUGAUGUUGGUACGGGAUAUUUCAUUGAGAAAACCAUGGUUGAAGGAAAAGAUUAUUGUGAGCGUAAAAUCAGCUUGCUGAAAUCGAACUAUGAUCAACUGGUUGAGGUGGCAAGCAAAAAGAAAGCCUUGGCAGAUGAAGCUGGAGCAAUACUGCAAGCUAAGCUAAGGCAACAUGCUUCUGCACAAUGAAACUGUGUGUUUUUCUAUUCACUUCCCUUCUUUUCUAUUUGUUUUUUUUUUCGGAGUUGAGGGGUUGUUUGGGCACUCUUCAACGUCGUCCAAAUUCCGAAAAUUUGAAUUUUAAUGGUGUUUGUUGAAACAGUCAUAUUUGGCCUUGUCUUUGUGAAAGUAAAAUUGUGGGCAUAUUUUGACUCUGUAAAACAUAAAUUAAAGGCUCAUUAGUGUUUAGGCUAAAUGUUAGAGAUAUAUGUAUGGUUUUGUUUAUUUUGUUAAAGAGAAUUAUAAUACAAUCUUAAUUUCUUGUUUAA